GUGCUUCACACUCUCUCACCUCCCCCUGCUCUUGCUCCAGCCAUACAGACAUGAUGCUACAGGAGAGCACUUCACAAGACUGUUACAGGAGCUAUCGGCAUAACAGAAGCUGAUGUGCUGCAGUCUGAUGUGCCUCACUUUUUUUCUUCAUUUUAUCGUUCCUUUUUCAUUGGGAUUUGUGAGAUAAAUAAUUACCUAAAUAUACAGGAGAUAUUGGGAAGGUAGCUGGCUAGACCAGUCUCAAGGGGGUUUCCCCAUGUUACCCUCUCGCUGAAGGUCUUACUCUGAACCAUAUAGAAUUGGGCAGAAUAAAUACGAGUUUCUUAUUUUUUGUGAAGAUAUCUCUAUUUUGGAUCUUAGAACGUUUGGAAAGAAAUCUCUAUUUGGGAUCUUUGGAAAGUUUGCAAAGAUAUCUAUUUUUGGGGAAUUUGCAAACUGGAAAAAACCUUUUUGUGGAUAACUUGUUUUGGAAAUCUACUCCAUAGUUCCAGACUUCCAAUUCCAGAAUGCUGUGUUCCAGAGGCAUGCUCCAGCAGUGGAGUCUAGCUGUGUUCCUGCUGUACUCUUCUGUCCCUCUCUACGGGAGACGCAUCGAUGCUCUCACUAACAGAAUGAGGAGGUCAGUGAGCCACGCCCAGCUGAUGCACGAUAAGGGCCGUUCCCUGCAUGAGUUCAAGAGACGGCACUGGAUCCAGGAACUACUAGACCAAGUCCACACGUCCGACAGCGAGCGAGCCCCGGCUCCCCAGAGCAGGACCAGUGCUAAUGAGUGUCACAGCACCUUCAGCGGAAGCGCCCUAUCCCCCCCCAAACCCUCUGGAGGGACCAAGAACCUCCCCCUGAGCUUCCGGCUGGGAGGGGAGGGGAGCAACCUCCCCCAGGAGACCAACAAAUCUGUGGCCUACAAACACCAACCUCUGAAGGUGGUCACCAAGAGGAAAAAGAAGGUGAAGGGAGAGAGAGGGAGACGGAAGGAGAGCGAGAAGAGGAGGAGGAGGGCUCGCUCUGUAGUCACAAGUCUUACGACACAAAGAGAGGAGUUACAGAGGACACAAGACACUGUGUGACAAACAUACUUCAUGAUGUAGCCUUUGGGUGGCGCUGCACUAAGGACUCUGACUGACAAAGAUUCCAGCAUCACUGACUGAGACUCAGCCUAAUGUCUCAGACUCGAAACAACUGGUCUCUCCAUACCAUGGCCAUUGGUCUUUGCUUGUAUUGUUUUAAUCUGCUGCUUUUUCCUUGUGCCUUGAUAUACAGUAAUAUGUUGCUACUUUUAUUAUAACACAUAACUUCUGUAUACAUAUUUAUUAGGUAAAUAAUAUGAAAAUCAUCAGCCAUGUUAAAUGAAUCUUUAACUCAUCCCUAGUUAGAUAACAAUGUAAGAUAUGGGCCCUUCAGGAGCAAUUUACUGUAUCUCCCCAAUACCCUUUAAAUCCUCUUCAAUCAGAUGUCCAUGUGUAAAGUACAACAUAAGCAACACAGUAAACGUUACGCAUAAAAUAUUUAUUGUUUGUACAUAUUUAAAUUCACAAAAUGAGGGAGGAUCAUUCUUUCUUUUUUUUACUGCCCGGUAGCUUUUUAGAUAGUCGAUAUUGUGAAUAUAUCAUUUCUUAUCUGUAGUUAGUAUUAUUAGAUCCAUAACAAAUGUUUUUACCAUAAUUUAUUUCAUUUGAACUGUAUAUUUAUUUUGUGAAUGUAUUACCGUGCUGCUGAUUUUUUGAUAUUUUAUAAUAACAUAAAAUGCACUUUAGAUAUAAUGAUGAUAUCCAUAUGUUUUGUUAAGUUACAUUGUUAUAAGUGUUCUCAUUUGUGGUUGAUUUUAAUUAAGAAAGAAAACGUUCCUUUGUUGAUAAACCCUUUAUUUUUAUUUUUAUUCUUGGUUUCUAAUAUUACCCAAUCAUCUCAUUGACUAGUAAGUUAUUGGAUCGUCCAUCAAAUUCUCUCUAGUUUUAAAAUAUUUUUUUUUUAUAAAAACAAGCCAGAGUUGAAACUGUUGGUAUGAUUACAGACUUGUUAAGAUUCAUGUCAUGUUUAGCAUUUGCACUGAGAGCACAAUCAUUAAAAUAAUAAUAAUAAUAAUCAAACCAAAGAUUAAAAUCUUCAUGAAAA